AGGUCUUGCUAGGUUUGUGUCAUUGAAGCAUCAUGGCGCACAGCAUGCUCGAAUAUACGUAGCUACAUUCACUAGUUAACUACCAGUGUAAUAAGUUGGAUCGUUCUUUUAGGUUUCUACGCUCGACAUGAUUAGUUAGUUUGUAGUUAGUUAGAUAAAACAGUUAAAAUGUUAACGUCCCUCGUCUGCUCGUGCGUGCGAAACUGGAGAAAAAAUUUGGUCCCUGUUGCUAAGUUGCCGGUCUUGUCAACCCCCAGAACCCUGAAUCUUACUAGGGUACAGGAUUUGUCACACCGGUCAUCCAGGUUCCUCACACCGACACCCUGGCAGCUGCCUCGGGUACCAACGAUCAGCUCGGUAUCCCAGUCAGCUGUUUUCCGUGCGGAUGUGAACCCUCCGAGCUCUUCCUCAGCCCCAGAAGAAUGGGAGAAUUUCGGCUCCCUUUCCACUGACAUGUCUUCCAGGACGUCGUUCAGGAAAAGCAGUCCUGACACCCAGGACCUGCGACACCGAGAGGACGACGCCAGUGAGGAAGAAGACGCGGCAAACACCCUUUGGAGACCCCGGAAAAGAAACACACCGUACUGGUACUUCUUACAGUGCAAGAAGUUGAUCAAAAACAACAAGCUUCAAGAGGCGUUGGAUUUGUUCAGCAGAGACAUGCUGCAGGGGGAAAGGCUACAGCCGGAGGAGUACAAUUACACAAUCCUGAUAGGAGGCUGUGGUCGAGCCGGACAACUCAAAAAAGCCUUCAGACUCUUCAAUGAUAUGAAGAAGCGAGGUCUGACUCCUAUAGAUGCAACAUACACUGCGCUGUUCAACGCCUGCGCUGAGUCGCCUUCAAAACAAGCUGGUCUUCAACAAGCACUGAAGUUGGAACAAGAACUCCAUCGCAAAAACUACCCCCUCAGCACCAUCACAUACCACGCUCUUCUCAAGACACACGCCAUGACCAACCACCUCCAAGCCUGUAUCCACACUUUCAGGGAGAUGCUACAGAAUGGACAUGUUGCAACUCAGGAGAUGUUUCAUUACCUGCUGAUGGGCUGUUUGAAGGACAAAGCCACAGGAUUCAGAAUGGCUCUUCAGGUUUGGCGCCAGAUGCUGAAAUCAGGGAUUCUUCCAGACGUAAAAAACUAUAACCUGCUCUUGCGAACUGCAAGGGACUGUGGGACUGGUGACCCUGCCCUAGCCACCAGAGUUCUGCUGAGGCCUGAGUGCGAGAGCCAGGAAGCGGGAGAACGUGUGUCAAAUGUUAAGUCAGAGUCCGGAUGCAAGGAUAUAAUAAAUAUUGACCUUCUAGAGAGGCAGUUGUUUAUCCAACCUGAGCCACACAGAGACAAUGCAGACCUAGACACUGAGUUCUUCAGUAGACAAGAAUCAACCCAUUUGGUACCAGUUAGAAAAACAGAAAGCCUCUCACUGCCUGUUGAUUUAGCAAUUAAUUCUACAGCCCCUAACUUGCUGGACCUUUUUGAGGGUAGAAAUAGUGCUGUGGUCUCCCUCGGCACUGUGGAUGGACCAUCUGAUAGGCUCGCCCUGAUUGGAGGAGCUGAAGGUUUCCUGGAGAAGAUGGUGUCUAACGGGCUUCGUCCAGACCUCAGAACUCUGACCCUGUUGGCAGACACAAUGGAGCCAAGCUACCAGUCUCUGCAGCUGUUGUUAAAAGUUGCCAAGCAGAAUCAAGUGAAGCUUGACGUCGCUUUCUUUAAUUCUGUGAUUCGCAGAGCAGCCAGAGCUGGUGAUCUGGAUGGGGCCAAGGCUGUGUUGAGCGUGAUGCCACAACAUCAUGUAAGCAUGGAUGUACAGACAUUUGGAAGCCUCGCAUUAGGCUGUGAGCGACAGAAAGACGGUCUGCAGCUGCUAAAAGACAUGGAGGAGGUGGGACUUAGGCCUAAUGUCCAGGUGUUCUCAGCUCUUAUCGGCCGAGCCAGUCGGAGACUGGAUUACAUUUACCUGAAAACAAUCCUCAAAAGCAUGAGGGAUAUGGGAGUGUGGCCUAAUGAGAUUAUCAUCAGACAGCUGGAGUUUGCUGCUCAGUACCCACCCAACUAUAACCAGUACAAGUCUAGAAACAACUACCUGGUCCACAUUGAUGGUUUCCGUGGUUACUAUCAGGAGUGGCUGAGUAAGAUGCCUGCUCAGAGCGCUGAGGAUGAACAGGCAGGGCUGCAGCUUCAAGCGGUUGCUGCAGUGCUGAACACAGAAGCUGCAGACGGGCCGACGGAGGCCCAGAUGAACCAGAGAGCAGCAGCAGCAGCGAGGAGAUAUUCACAUAGGAAAGGCAAGACGAGCAGCACUGCAUCAGCUCUGUAUCAGAAGUCCUGAAAAUCUCAGAUUCAUCUCCUUAAUCCACUGCUUGUGUGUUUCCAUUCAGCUGUGGAAAACUGGAUUGACUUUGGGUCAAAGUAAUGCUUUGUAACAUGGACCUUCUGUCAGAUAACCUCCUGCAUUUUCAUUUUAAAAAAGAUCAAUGCUGUUGUCCUUUACAUUGCAAUUAAAGAAAAUUCCAAGUUUCAAUACAGGAUUCUUGAGAAAUGAAAUCUCA